AUGGGUUUACCACCAGACGUCACUACUGAGGAGUGUAUUUUUUCCCUGCAAACGUACAUUAUAGUGACGAUCUCGUGUCAUCAAGUCUGCUUCAUCGGAUCGGAGUACAACCCACAUUCUGGUAUCUCACCCCGUUGGUUCUUACCGUGCGAAGAUCCGUGCGAAUGCACUGCUAUACGCCUGGGCGGAAUGCGCAUCCCUGCUUCGUCAUACCGCCAGGGGGCGCCCCACUACCUGAACGAGCUUUUCCUGAGCGAGGAUUCCGACGAAAUUCAAGCUUACUUCGACUGUCAGCCUGCAGAGAAUAAUCCAGCUGAGUGUUCAAGCCCGCAACCCCUUGGUAUGGAGGACGGGACAAUCCAAGAUGAACGAAUCACGGCGUCCAGUAGUUACUACUGUUGUUCUGCCAGUGAGGCACGCCUCAACCAUGACAACGGAUGGAUAGCCGAGAGUGACGAUGCCAAUCCGUGGAUCGAGGUGGACCUCGUUGAGCCUACAGUGGUGAGCGGGGUCAUCACACAAGGCUACAGGGGCACUUUGUAUGUGGAAAAGUACAUGGUGGCGUACAAGAAACAGCCCUCAUUUGACUAUGAACACGUUAAUGGAAACAUCAAGGUGUUCAUCGGUAACACUGAUGGCCACACCCCGGUCACAAGCCUGUUUGAUGAGAGUGUGGAGGCCACGGUAGUGCGCAUUGAGCCUACUGAAUGGUAUGGUGGUGUUGGUCUGCGAUUGGAGCUGCUUGGAUGUCGUCGUGAUUAA